CAACACCUCCGCAACCUCAACACACCUCGUCACUCGCUCGCCGUAAACCGCCCUGCUAAGAGUACCCUGCUGUUUCUGCCCGCCUCGUACCUGCGCGGUGGUCGAGUAGCGAGCACCAACGACACGUUUCAGCGAGAGUGGGAAUAAAUCGCCGGCCGAUCGAACGAACCAGGGAGCGAACACCAAAGGAGACGCCCACAACAAUUCCUCCCACCUCCUCACGCAACCUCUUCAGCCAUCUGCAAACCCCCCUCCCAACGCCAUCGCGAGCGACGACCACGCCAUCGUGGCUACGGGGCCUCGAGCUGGCUUCGCAUAAGCUCCGCAGCUCGCCGGCCACAUGUUGCCCAUAUAUACCAAGUCGGAUCAUCACGAGAAGAUGAAUCGACACCCCUUCGGCAAUGGCCAGCCCAAAGGCUCUGGUGCAUAUCCCAUAGGCGGUGGUGGGCGGAGAGGGAGCGCUUUCAACAUCAGGCCUGACAAAUACGACAAAUACCAGCCGCGAUCCAUACGGGGAAGGAGGCGCAGAGCAGCAAUGCGGGUCGGCGGAGGAGUAGCAUUGUUCUUCCUUCUACUCACAUUCUUCUUCCCAUCACUACGACCGGCAGGACUUUUCGGUGGACUGGGGUUAGCAAUCUGGGGCGGCGGAGAAGAGUUCAACAUUGAGACAGUGCGAUACUACGAUUUGGCCAAUGUUGGCGGCACAUCAAAAGGUUGGGAAAGAGAAGAGCGAAUUCUACUCUGUGCUCCUCUGCGAGAUGCAGCGCCGCACAUGCCCAUGUUCUUCUCGCAUCUGCGGAACCUGACAUACCCGCACCACCUCAUCGACCUGGCAUUCCUGGUCGGAGACAGCAAGGAUAACACAUUGAACAUCCUUUCGGAUAUGCUGGCGGAACUGCAAGCAAGCGAUGAGCCCAAGAUGGCAUUUGGCGAGAUCUCCGUCAUUGAGAAGGAUUUCGGACAAAAAGUCAACCAAGAUGUGGAGAGCCGACACGGCUUCGCAGCGCAGGCCAGCCGGAGAAAGAGCAUGGCGCAGGCACGCAAUUGGCUACUUUCUGCUGCACUACGACCCACACACAGCUGGGUUUACUGGCGAGAUGUCGAUGUCGAAACGGCACCGUUCACGAUUUUGGAGGAUUUGAUGAGACAUAACAAGGAUGUCAUUGUGCCGAAUGUGUGGAGACCGCUGCCAGACUGGCUGGGAGGAGAGCAGCCUUACGACUUGAACAGCUGGCAGGAGUCGGAGACUGCCCUGGCACUUGCGGAUACGCUGGACGAAGAUGCCGUGAUCGUCGAGGGGUACGCCGAGUACGCGACCUGGAGACCUCAUUUGGCAUAUCUUCGAGAUCCAUAUGGCGACCCAGAUAUGGAAAUGGAGAUUGACGGCGUGGGAGGUGUAUCCAUUCUGGCGAAAGCAAAGGUCUUCAGAAGUGGUGUCCAUUUCCCGGCAUUCUCAUUCGAGAAGCAUGCAGAAACUGAAGGAUUUGGCAAGAUGGCCAAGCGAAUGGGCUACUCCGUAGUCGGUCUGCCACAUUACACCAUUUGGCAUCUGUACGAGCCUUCGGUCGACGACAUCCGACACAUGGAGGAGAUGGAACAAGAGCGAAAGCAGAGAGAACAAGAAGAGAAAGAGAAGCAGGAACGCCUAGAUAAGAUCAACAGCCAGUUCGAGGUGGGCUCGUCGCAGUGGGAGAAGGACAAGGAAGCCAUUCAAGGCGCAACAAAGGAAGCAGCAGCAAAAGAGCAGGCCGUCUUGGAGGCCAAAAAGAAAGCGAAAGCCGACGAAGUAAGCAAAGAGUCGAAGACGAAGAAGGAGCAGACUCAUGACGAUAAGGACGCGAAGGACUCUUCAUCAGAGGUAAAGCAGAAUCCUUCUCCUCAACAAAAAGCCGAUGGCCAGCCGGCAAAGCACCCCGAAGAGGCCAAACGACAAAAAGCAGCAAAGGAUUCUGAUGGCGACAAACCUGUCGCCAAAGCAGGCCCACCCAAGGACGAAACGGAAGCGGAUAUGCCGAAGAAGCCUGCGAAACGAUGAGCUUGACCAGUUCAGCAAUACGGCCUUAUUGAUGUCCGCUUCAUCUUCCGGAACGCGCUCUGCUACGUCGACCAGUGAGAUACGGCGCGAACACCAUAUCUACUUUGAUCCGUGCUUAGGCUUGCGUUCU